AUGUUCUCUUUUUGGAAGCAAGAGGACCGUAUCGGUGGUCGGACAUGGACUGCUAAAACUCUGGGUGAGGAAAUCGAGAUGGGAGGCACAUGGGUUCAUUGGAGUCAGCCACAUGUAUACACUGAGUUGCACCGGCAUGAAAUGGCUGGCACGAUUGAGAGGGCAAGAAUGUACAAGUUGGAGAAUGGAGGUAGGAACUGUCUUAGUGAUAUCACAUUCAACCCACCACUGUCUCCCAUCCGGCAAACAGCAGUUGUCCAAGGACACAUCAACAAGGGCGCAAAGAUCCAUCUCAAGCUGCGAGAAAAACUCCCCGGCUGGACCUGGACAAGCUCAGGAUACCGGACCUCGGAGUGCUUUUUCGCCUUCUCCGAUCACAGUCGGACUCAUCCCUCCGGUCCGUCGGGAACAUGGUGUAUAGGGUUUGGAUAUAAUGGCAAGCUCGCCGAUAAAACGGACUCGCAGCAUAUUAUAUGGCAGUUCAAGGAAAGCCUCUAUUCCAACGUGACGAUUGAGGCUUAUGCGACCCAUGACUGGAUGAAUGAUCCUUACGCCAAGGGUGCCUGGGCGUGCUGGGGGCCAAACAGCGCAUCCAAGUUUCUGGAAAAAUCACAGCGCCGUCAUGGACGGAUUGUGUUUGCAAGUGCGGAUUGGGCGGAUGGGUGGAGGGGGUUUGUCGAUGGAGCUAUCAAACAAGGCCAAGUUGCCGUGCGGGAAGUGCUGAAGUUGUUGAAGGAGCAAGGGGUGGCUCAGUCGAGGCUAUACUCCUUGUUCUCUGAAAACUGGCUGCAGUUAACUGUCGGUUGA